GGCCCUGCCCGUGUGCCGCACCCCAGGCGAGCGCCAGGGGCCCCCCGAGGAUGCUGCAGAGAUGGAGCUGGACACUGGCGCUGGGUGUGAGCAUCACCCUCAGCUUCGGCCUCUCCGUGCUGUGGAGGCUUCAGAGCCGUGUCUCCCUGCCGAUGGAAACGGCCUCGUUUGCUGGUCCUACAGCAGCGUCCGAGCCAGGGAUCGACUGGCCCCCAACCUGCACCCCGACGCCCAGCCCGGAGGCCGUGGGGCUGGACGCAGAGCAGUGCCGGGAGCUGGGGCAGGAACUGAGCCGGCGCGUCCUCCCCGUGAGGCUGGACGAGGCCUGGAUCUGGAGGCGGCUGAAGCUGGUGCAGAGCUGCCCCUGGGUGCAUAACGCCAGUGCCCUGGGCCGGUACAGGGAGCAGCUGGGGCGCUGCUGUAACGCGUCGGCCAACCUGGCACUGAGCCGGGAGAACACCCCGCUGGGCUCCCGGAUCGUCUGCGAUGGGCAGCCGGCCAAGAGGCUGCUGGUGCGAGAGGAGCUGCUCGAGAUCCUGCCGCAGGGCUCCCCGUUUCAGGACGCCCCCUACGACAGCUGCGCCGUGGUGGGGAACGGGGGGAUCCUUCGUAACAGCAGCUGCGGCCCCGAGAUCGACCGCGCCCAGUUCGUCAUCAGGUUCAACCUGCCCCCCCCGGGCUUCGCCGCCGACGUGGGCACCAAAUCGAGUGUCGUCACCAUGAACCCCAGCGUCCUGCGCGUCCGAUUCUGGGGUCUGAGCCGCCGGCGUCGUCCCUUCGCGGAGGCGGUGGGUGCCCACGGGGCCGCGCUGCUCCUCAUCCCGGCCUUCAGCUUCGCCGGCAACACCGCGGUCUCCUUCCAGGCCCUCUACACCCUGGAGGACUUCGGCUCCCCGGCCCGUGCCCUGUUCAUGAACCCCGAGUACCUGGCACGGCUGGACUGGCACUGGCGUCGCCGCGGCCUGCGUGCCAAGCGCCUCUCCUCCGGCUUCAUGCUGGUGAGCGCCGCCCUGGAGAUGUGCCAGCACCUCACCCUGUACGGCUUCUGGCCCUUCCCCAGCGACCCCCAGGGGCGGCCCCUGCCCCACCACUACUACGACGACCAGGCCCCCAAGCCGGGCGUUCACGCCAUGCCCGAGGAGUUCACCCGGUACCUGGGCAUGCACCGGCAGGGCGCCCUGCGGCUGCAUCUGGGGCGGUGCCAGGAGGCUGGCGGCCGCGCACAACGGGGCUCAGAGCGGGGGUCUGAAAUGAGCCCCCCAGCCCCUCAACUCCACCUUACUGCCUCCCCAGGUACGAAAGGAGCAGAAUAGCCAGUGGCGUCAAUUCAUGAGGCAUUCGUUAAUUGCCAUUCGUUAAUUGGCUUCUCUUCAGUGAUAGUUCAUUAAUGGCAAGGUGUUCGCUGGCCUCCUUUAAUUACCAUUUAAUUAUCCCAGUUCCUUCGCUAUGGGUUGUCGGCUGGCCUGUUCAUCGCUCUUUAAUGAUUGCGGUUAGUUAAUUGUAGUUAAUAACUCUUAAUUGUGAUUUAAUUAUCACAGUUCCUUCGCUAUGGGUUGUCGGCUGGCCUGUUCAUCACUCUUUAAUGAUUGCGGUUAGUUAAUAACUCUUAAUUGUGAUUUAAUUAUCGCAGUUUGUUAGGCAACCACCCUUCAUGGACAGCUGUGGCUGGCUGGUGAGUCCUGGCGGACGGCUCCUGGCAAUUAGUCCUUCACCGGCUGUUUGUCACUAAUAAAGGCUCUUCGGUGAUUGCGCUUCACUGGGGGGGAGGGGUCGUCGCCCCCCCGGGGUGCAGUCUGCGCCCCCAACACUCGCGCUGCUCUGCCGGUCACUCAGCCACGCGGCAGCAGGGGGCGCCGCACACCCACCUCGGCGACCUGAGUGCUUUACCGAAGCCACUCGCAGCUCGACCCUAUCAGCCCCGGCCAGUCCCCAGCCCCCCCGCCAUGCCCCCCCACGGGAGCACAAACCCUGAGCUCUCCCCUCUUGCACUGCCCAGGGGUCUGGCCGGGGCGAGCUCCUUCGUCCGUCGCUGCGGGGGAGCCCUGCAGCCGCCCGGGGCUGACCUGAGCUGCCAUUUCCCCUCUCAGACGCUCCCGCGUCGGGACCAACCAUACAACAAGAUUGUUAAACCCCAGCGAGUGUCGCCCGGGGGGUGAUUGUGUAGCUAUGAUGUCGCACUAGCCCCGCCAGCCGGGUCAGAGAACGGGCUUCUCGCUCUGAAUUCAUCCAGGCCGUUCUCCUCCUUUAGCCUUUGAAUUCAGGGCGGGUGGAGGCAUCUGUUUCCUAGGAACAAGUUUUGCUGAAAUGCACGAAAGCUGCCGGCCUGUGGGAUCCGGUCAGAGCCGCCCUAGCGCUCAAAGUAUCAUCGGGGCAGAGCCGGGCAGCAGAAAAGCUGCGACUGGCCCCUGGACGCUGGGGACCCAAAGAGAGGAACCCAACACACCACAUCCCAGGUUUCUCCGGCGUCCGCACCCCGCUGGGAACCGCAGGGGCCCCCACACCUUGGAGGUCGCCAGGGGAGCCUGGGGUGGCAGGUUUGGAGAGAGAUCGUCCUUAUCAAUAGCCAUGGAGAGUAAGGGUCAGAUUCCCCUAACCCAGGGGAGACGGGUCCCCACACGUCCUUAGGGUUCGGACAUAAGGUUUGGGUCCAGGCGGCUGGGCCUGAAUGACAGAGCGUCAGGAUCCCAUCAAACCCCUUGUCAGGGAGAGUCCGGCGGCUCCUCCAGCGGCUGGAGCUGGUUUCUGGGAGUGGUUUUUCCAGGAGCUCGUCCUUCCCUUUGUUCUCCUCUGGUCCCCAGCCCGGGGACGGCUCCCAGCAGGUUCUUUCUCUU